AUUUCUUCUGUUUUUUCAGAAUUGGACUUUGAUGACUCCACCGAACUUUAAUGAAAGACAGACAUCGUACUUACCGAACGCCAACUUCCAAAACAAUGACUAUGCAGCACAUUUUGUAAACCCCCCAUACAAUUUGGCCAGUAAUCAAGGUUAUCGCUACAAUAAAAAGAACCACUAUAACUAUCGGUGGAAAAAUAAGUCACCAAAUAAUAAACGAUUGAAGAACAGUAGCUACAGGAAUGCUCAAUCCAAUAAAAAUAUUAAAAGAAAAUCAAAUCUCGAUAAGAUCCAAAACAGAAGUAUUUUACUUCCUUGUUCAGUUCAAAAAUCUUCGGAAAAACUGAAAUCCAUUGAAACAUCUGGUAAAUCUUCUCAGAAGGCUGAUAUUUCCGAGUCAGAGAAAGAGCGUCUUAGAAAAGUUGAGGAAGACAGACAAAGAAUCAGGAUGGCUCUCACGAAAAAAGAUGGUCAUGCUCCUCUUGAUUUCAAAAGUUGUAUUCCAGGACUUUCCAGCGGGGAAGAGACAGAGAUAAAAGGAACUACUUCGUUGAAAUUGUCGUGCCCAAACAAUUCAAAAAUUGUCUUGAGUGAAAGCGACUUUCGAGAAAUCGGAGUAAUGAACGACCGGUAUUAUGAGGACUUUACAGAGGACUCUGGCGAUGCAUACAAUACUCAGAUAGAAUCAGAAGAUUCGUCAUCGGUUGAUGAUUGUCAAAUAUUCUCCCCAGAGCAAGCAUCCGAUGAAAAUCGCCAUGCAUCUGAUAAAUCUGAAAAUAUCCACAAAUCUCCACUGGAUCACUCCCCAGAACGAUCAAAUCAUGAAAGAUCUCAGUCUCCCUCUUGCAAUGCAAAGAAUCUUCAAGGAAGACUCGUUGAAAAUGUUGCGAUUGAUAGUAACGCAAAUAAAGAGUUUGUUAUUGAUGAACAUAAAUCGGAAAAGAAAAAUAGGAAGAACUCCAAAAAUGAUGAAGUUGUGCUAGGUUAUAUUGAAAGAGAUGAAGAUCUUCAUUGCGUAAAGAAGGUCGAAAAUAGACUGAAAGAAUUGAAUAAUUACAGUAAGAUACUGUCUAUGUACAGAAACUUUAUGCGCUAUCGUCAUUUCGCGAAAACCGAUUCGAGCUUGUACGACAGGUUGAAAUUGAGUAGAACCGGGAAUUUGGAAAAUCCUCUUCUGAAUAGAGAAAUUGUCGACAAGUUAAAAAGUUCGAUUGCUGAUAAGGGCGUAGAAGGUCAUGUGGAAACUGCCGAAGAAAAACGACUGGAGAACAGAGCCAAUGUGGAAGAGGUUGAUGAAUUUAUAUCUAUUUUUGGAGAUUUGCUGGAUGAGAAUUGUACAAUACCAGCAGAGGCCUUGUGUAGGCUGGGGCUUGGAUAUCUUAUAUUUGAAGGCAAUAAGAAUUUCGAUGUUUCCAACGACUCUCUUCCCACCGAUACCAAUUCUCUUUUGUGUCAAAAUAUAAAACAAGAACCAGUUGAUGCUAGUGACGAUUUGAAAGAAGUAAAACAAGAACCAGUUGAUGUUAGUGACGAUUUGGAAGAAGUAAAUGAUAGACAACAAUCUACCGGUUCACACGAAAUAAUUCAUGAUCCAACUGAUAAUCUGAACCAAGAAUGUAAUUUGCUAGAAUCCAGUGAGAAAACAAAGGUCGAUGAGAAUUUGAAUCGUUUAAGUGACUCAAGUUUAAAAGAGCGAUCCGGAUCUUCAGAAAUUGAAUGUCAAAGUUCUUUCUUGCAAUUUGCUAGAAGUCAUCGGCCAACUCCACUUCCAAAUUCUUUAGAUAGAAAUGUGCCUGAUUAUUGUGAUAAUUUGAAUUUUGCAAGAUUUAGUAGCAAAUCAGCACUGGAAGGUGGAUAUGGAUUCCCAGGCAGUUUGUCUAGCAACAGAGAAACGAUGCCAGUAUUCGACCCAAAUGAAUACAAUAAGUCAUCUUCACUUGAGCAGAUGAAAGUUUGCCAGUACAUGGAGAAGAAAAUGCAGUGUGCAUCGAUACUCGACUGCGAACCAUUCGAGGUGGCCAAGUCAGUCAUCUGUAGCUUUGGAAAGGAUUUACUGAAGUCGACUAACGUGUCUCCACUGCUUGAGACGAGUUUCAAAAAUCUUUUAAGCGUAAUCAAGAAUUUGAAAGAUUCAGAUAAUGCACAAGAUAAACGUUUCCACACUAGAGACUACUGUGAGAAGAGAAAACAUGACACUUCCAACGAUGAUGUCAGUAGUUUCCAACAGUUUAAAAGGAUGAAAAGAACGGCGAAUGAAACUUUUGUAAAUAAUAGAACCUUACCGGAAAAUACAGUUAACACUUGCCCUGAAAAGGAUAGUGUCGGCCAAAUAACUCAUGUGGAUUUGGAUUCUGAAUCAGAAUCAGACGAUGAAGAAGAUGUUUUAAUAGAAGAGAAAUCUUCACAAGAAGAAAAUAAGUUUAGCAUCAAUUUCGUUGAUGUCAGUGACAGGAUUCAGUCAGCUAUUGCGUCAAGUAGCUCUCCGGAUUGCACAACAAGAAUCAAAACAAUAAAGGUGUACCGGGAGGAUUUACUCUUGGGAUGCUGUGAUGGACAAGUUAUAAGACUGACAAACAAUACUAGUAAGAUGAGAUUAUAUCGUGGCCAUACAGAUAGUGUUAAUUGUAUAAAUGGCUAUAAGAAUUUACUAUUGUCGGGAUCAUCCGACGGAACUGUGAGAGUGAGCUACCUUUUGCACCCUUUUAUUUGUUUCCACACAUUUGUCCUUGAAGAAGAAGUCGCAACUCUUGAAGUAAUGUGGGGAAAACUGUUCGUUGGGACACUUGCUGGGAGUGUGCUCAGGUGUAAUAUCAAGAAUUUCGAAAAUUGCACUGCUGAUAAAAUUAUGGUGGGCUCAACAGCUAGUCCCAUUCUUGCAUUGAAAGCAUCCAGAGAAGGUCCACGAAAAAUAAUUAUUGUUUCAGUUCGUGCUAAACCACUGACAAUCAGAGACGCCAGAAAUGGUUUAUUGCUUCACACCUUUGACUAUUUCGAUGUAGUCUACUCUUUUGCUCACAGUACAUCAAGCUCAUUAGUCUAUUGUGGAACCAGAAACACAAGUGUUGUGGCUCUUGACUUAGUGACUGGUUAUGAGCGUAAAAAGUUUCAGCUUGGGAAAUCUGUGGUGAAAGUAAUAUUGAGGUGCAAUCUGUUGUACACAGCAGCCUACAAUGGAACCGUUCAUGUUUACAAUUUGAAGGAAGAUAAGAUAUUGUACACAAACUUUGCGCCCAGACCAAUAGCUGAUAUGGAAGUUUGGUGCAAUCAGAUGAUAAUAAUCUUGAACAACUUUGAAGUUGUAACAUAUAGCCUUCCGUCUUCGUAGAUUCAGAGUUUGCAAAAUCAGCACUCAGCUACUAGCCACUCGCCAACUCGCCAUAAUAGGACAAGAGCUCCAAGCAUUCUUGAGAAAUCGGUCAUCACAUAAUUUAAAGCACUCUUCAAAAAAUAAGUUUCUCUUUCAUUAAUUGUUAGAUUAUGCAUUAAGUCAUUUCAUUUUUCAUAAAAAAGUUCUCAUCUUCUUUGUAAUAUCUGAUCUCAAAAACUCAUGUGUUCAAUUCAGUCAUCUUCAUUUUUAUUUUUGUACAGUCAGCAUUUAUAAUGCAAUAUCAGUAAACAGUACACAGUAUUUUAACAUCACAGAUUUUAGAAUUACUUCAUGAGUUUUAUCAGGAAAUCGGCUCUGAGUGUGGAAAGGAUUGGUUUCAAAUGCGAAAUGGACAAAUCAAUCAAUCUUUGAUUAAUAAUAUUCUAAUAUGAAUGAAGUACUCAUAGGUUAGAGAAAUACUUAAUCAUACACUUAUAUCCGUAUUCAUACUUUAUUUAAUAUCUUUUAUUUCAAUAUCUUCAUUUAUGCACUUCAAACUACCAUAUAUUAUCUCAAAUUAUUAAUUUUUCAUUUGUUAAAAUCUUAAACUCAUAUUAUGUUUAAUCUCUCGCAUUUAAAAUUGUUCAAGAAAAUUAUAAUUUGAAAACAGUACAUGAAACAUUUCAAUAAUUUGAAAAUAUGAACUUAUGUCAUUUUCAAAAAACAUUACUUUUGUUGAUUAUUGACCAACUUGUAAAUAUGUUAUUAUAAUAUUACAAUAAGUCUCCUUCAUGGUUUAUAGCCCAAUAUAUUUGUGUAUAUGAUUAUGAAUCAUAAGGGUUCUUAAUGGAUUCAUUGGUCAAUCGAGCACAGACCAACCAACUGGUAACCACUGUUUUGAAGUUAGUGGUAGGAUUUGAGACUGUCGGGUGAUUCUAUCUUUAUAAAGCUUUAAUACAAUAAGAUUUCAAACAAGUUAAAUGAGUGAAGUAAUGUUAGUACCGUAAUAUAAUUUUGGAUAAUUAUAAAGGAAAGUGAUUUAAGGUACCUAAUAAAGCACAGUUCCACGUGUUUUAACGAAGACUUUAACGAAGAAAAGUAAAAUGAAAUGAAAUGAAAUUAUAUUCUAUGUUCAUGGAUGCUAAAUUAGUGUUCUACAUUGAAGUCUAGUUUAAAUUCCAGGUAAAAUAAAUUUAUUAAAGGUUUGUUUGUUAACUCUUACUUGUGAAUCCAUUUAUAUAUUUUAAACAGCUUGCUCAUUAAAUUUUUACAUUUUGUUCUGUAUAUAA